GGUGCGAUGUUUUCUGACAAUCGUCAAACUCAAAACAAAACGCUCCACUUUUUAGCUUCUCUCGAUUUGUACUGUUUGUUAGGAAGUUUUUAAUGCUCCAGGAAGUGUGUGAACUACCUAAUUUGAGAGUGUACAAUUAUACACGAUGCCAAGAGCAGUAGUAGGACGAUUGUUGGAACGAGGUGAGGAGAGUGCUAGUUCGUAUACAUCAAGUGAUAAAACAAGUGACAACAGCCAGGAAGAGCAAGCCUCUGUAAGGCAAUCUGCAAGGAUUGCACAAUCCAGGUCAAGUACUCAAAGAAGCACACAAUCAAGCCCACCACGACAAAGGCAUCAAGUAAGAGCAUCAGCUACACCAACAACUUCCCGGAGAGCAGGCCCACAGAGUAGCUCAGCCCAAACAAGAUCAACUACUAGGCAAACUUCCAGAGCUCCGGCAACAGUUCCAAAUGUUGAGCCACCCAGACGAAAAGGUGUACCGAAGAAAAAUCCGUAUGCGAAUAUUUUGAGAGAAAUUAGGCACUUCCAACAGACUACAGGCCUGUUGAUUCCCAGAGCACCAUUUAGUCGACUAAUACGAGAGACGUUAUUGGCACACGGAGAUUUCAGGAUGACUUCGGUUGCCUUUGAUGCUAUCCAGGAAUCAGCAGAAUUAUAUUUAACUCACUUACUGGAAGAUGCAUACAGAUGCACCUUAUUCAGAGGUUGUGUUACAAUACAUCCAAAAGACAUUCAACUUGUGCGAUAUAUAAGGGGAUACAACGAUAUAGGGAAUCGUAUAUGAAAAAAAACAAUAAAUUGUUCAUAAGGAAAAAAAAUUUAAGUUUAGUAAAUAAAGUCUUGAGAUCCUUUUUAUCGUUAUUAAGUGUAUCUAUGUAUCUUAUUUUUAAUCAGGAUGUGAAUUCUUGGACAGUAAUAAAGUAGAUAUUAGCAGAA